AUCUAGUACACUCCGACACAUUUCAAUUUCAAAAUGUAUUGCCUGCAAUGUUUGUUGCCAGUGCUACUUAUACCGAAGCCGACAAAUCCUGCGCUGAUGGAAACGCAUGUCAUGUUCAUCGUACUCUACCUAAUUGGCUUUUUUCUAGAACGUAAACCGUGCACCAUCUGUAGUUUAAUAUUUCUGACAGCCGUAUUCCUUAUUUGCUAUAGUGGUGUGGGAAAUUGUAUAUUCUGGGGCAAUUGCGAGGGACAUCAAUGUGAAAAUGGAUAGAAAAAUGCGAAGCUGCCAUUCUAAGCUAAAUGGAUACUCAAUGCAUAAUAAACUUAGCAUUAUUAAAUGCUAUCGUGCUAUAAACAACUUUGGGUGUCCCCUUAGUUAAGAAAUAUACAUAAACAUAUGUAUUUCUUUUCAUUAGAUAACUUGUAUUGUUUUGUUGUUUUAAAUGUUGCUGUGUUAUAGCGCUCUUAAAAUAAUUUCAAUAAUAAUAUCAUAAUUUUUAACGAAAAAAUCUAUAAGCUAUAUUAGUUGUAAUAAACGGGAUUAUGUGGAGUUAACGCUUUAUAUAAAUUAAUUUUCAAAUUUUUUCUAAAAAAAAACUAUCGCAUACGUGGAAACACGUAUGUAUGUUUACGCAUUAAUAUUUACAAAACAACUUCUAAUAGAUUUUCUUUAAAUUCUAAUUGUAUGUGUAUUUUUUACAAGCAAACGAAAGUUUAACUGAUAAGACAUUAGCUUAUCUCAAUUGGUUGGCUAUAGGGGUGUAUGAAAGACAAUGCAGAAGCAUAGCAUAAAAUUUGGCAUACUCCAGCAACAGUUAAAAUCAACGAAUCACAUUAAAAUGAAAAAAAAUCUCAAAGUAAAUUAUACUAUUUUUGGUAAAAAUAGGUAGCUAGAUUUGCAAAUUUGUAAACUUCUUUAUAUAUUUUCUUGUGUUUUACAAAAUGAAUAGUAAAAAGUUAUUAGUUAAUACAAAAGGGCUAGAUUUUUAAAAUUUUAAGUCAAAGUUGUAUGUUCUUCAGGGUACCUACAUAUAUAAAACUAGAAAUUUAAUUUAAGUGACAAUGUUAGGUUAUUUCUGCAACUCGCUUUAUUUAUAAUAAAUGCUCAAUGUCUAACCAUUUAUGAGCAAAAACAAUGUCUUUUAGAAGAAUAAAUAUUUUCAUUUUUAUUAUCUAAUGUUCUGAUUUUAAUUUAUCGUAAUGCUAAUUAUGUGUAUUAUGUAUUUUACAACAGAAAGGUUACUUCGAGGUACCCUUAUCAAGACCGAAAUUAUAAAAUAUAGUAACGCACAUUUUCUAUAUCGACAUUUAUUUAUUUACGUAACUAGAAAUAAUUUAAUUUAACGACUAUUUUACAUGAAUACAUAUAACGAAUAAAAUACAUUUAAAAUA